GAUGAACUCGAAGGAGAGGAAGUAGAGUUUGUCAGUGAUGAUGAAGAGGAGGAGGAGGAGGAGGAGAGUGGGGAUCCGCAGAAGAGUUUGGGUCGGACCUCGAGAGUGAGGAAGACAAUGAUGAAGAAGGUAAUGAAGGGGGCAGUAAAGAGGGAGGAGAGGAAACCGGUGAGGAAGAACAAGAGGGAGAGGCGUUGAAGGAAUUGACUCACCAGCAAAGCCAUCAGAGAUGAGGAAGGAAGCCAUGAAGGAACUUCCCUAUACCUUCAAAAUGCCAACAUCCCUUCCCGAUCUCCUGGCACACACUACUGGCAGGAGUCCAGAGGAGUGUGGGACAGUAGUGGAGAGGAUUCACUCCUGCCACCAUCCAUCUCUGGCCCCCGAGAACAGGCAGCUUUUGGAGAAGUUCCUAGACCUGGUGGUGUCCUACUGUCGUCAUUUGGGGAGGGAGGCCACUCAACAGGACCUGCAGACUCUCAACUAUCUGGCCAGUCCUCUGCUAGCUCUGGCCCAAGUCAGUCCACUCCACGCUGCCAGACUGUUCCGACGACUCCUCUCCGCUGUACACAAGUCGUGGAAGUCGGCAAGAAGACGGUUGUUCCCUCCGUUUGACCACGUACGCACGCGACCCCCGUGAUGCUCAUCCAACAGACCCCUAGUCUAUCAGUCGCAUUCCCUCCACGUCUUGCUCUCUGUGUGUAUGUGUGUGUGUGAGGGCUCUUUGCACAGCUGCGUCUGUUUAUGUUAGGCUGUUUAUCCUGCACGGUCGCAAUGCGCGGGUGGGACUCACCCUCUCUCCCUGUUUAGCUCUACAAACUCUGUUUGUCUCCUGUGUUGUGUGUGUGUAUAGGUGGUCAUCUUCUGGCUGGUGGGUGUGGUCUUCUCCGCCUCUGAUUUCAGGCACCCAGUCACCACUCCGGCCAUGUUGAUCAUGGGCCAGAUACUGCUCAAGAGCUCAGUCAAGACAGUUGGCGACUUGGUGCUGGGUCUGACUGUUUGUCAUAUAUUCACAACACUGUUCAUAUCAUCCUCGAAACGGCUCGUUCCAGAGCUGGUCAACUUCCUGACCAGCUGCACGAGUCUCAUCUCCACACACCCCACCCCUGUCGUCCUUCCUCCAUUCUCGGCUAGCAGUAAGCUCCGAUUGGCACUGUGUGACAGUGUCAGAAAAUGGCAAUCAACAUCUCCUCUGCCUGACAUAUCAAGUGUUUUGUCACUGAUAAUGGCUGAGAGAGUGAGAGGGGGAGAGGACAGGGAGAUGGGGGGAGACCCUGCCGUCAGUGCAGCUGCCGUUUCCUCCUGUCUGCGGACGGUACAGAGACUGACCCAGCUGUACUGUGAUCUCCCGUCCUUUGCUGAACUAUUCUCCGCCAUUGCCUUCAAUCUUCAGCAUGUCUCUCCAAACUUACCACAGCCAAUGCAGGAGCUAGUUGGUCAGGUGCUCGAGGGGGGCGUGUCCCACUCUCCACCGAGACCUGUGCUACAGCUGCUGAAAAAGAAACCAAAAUCCAUAAAAUUCUACGAACCAUCUUUUGAUGCCGUAUACGACACUCGCAAGAGGAGAGCUCCCAACAAAUCAGAAAACGAGAAACAAAAACUCAGACACAAAGUAAAAACGGAGAGAAAGGGCGCAAUAAGAGAGCUGAAGAAGGAUGCACACUUUCUGUCCCGGGAGAAGAUCAGGGAGGCUAGGGAGAAAGACGCAGAGCGGGAGAGGAAGACAAGACAGAUAGUCCACGACCUCGAGAGCAUGCAACACGAAGCGAAAAUGGAACGAUUGACGCAUCGUUGGAAGAGAUGAAUGUUGCAAAACAAGACACUAAUCUAUUCUUUUGUGAUCCAGUUACUGUCUCAAUUGUAUUAUAAUGACAGGG